AUGCGGGUACUGAUAAGCCUUCUUUUGUUCAUUUCUUUAUUAGUCGAAGCAGAUGAACAUGAUCAUCUCUACGAAGUUGACGAAGAAGUUGUUUUAUGGAUGAAUACAGUUGGACCAUAUAGUAAUCGACAAGAAACGUACACAUAUUUUUCUCUACCUUUCUGUAAAGGUGACAAAUCUCAAAUUGGACAUUAUCAUGAAACGAUGGGAGAAAGUCUAUUGGGUGUUGAAUUGGAAUUCUCCGGAUUAGAUAUCAAAUUUAGAAGUGAGCCUUUUUUUCUUGAAAUUUAACAAACAAUAUAAUUUUCAGCCAAUACCCAAAAGACUGUUUAUUGCAAAAAGGUUCUAUCUGAAACUGAUUAUAAGACACUUUUGUAUGCAAUUCAAAACAAUUAUUAUUAUCAAAUGUAUUUGGAUGAUAUGCCAAUUUGGGGAAUGGUUGGAGAAGUUGACACAACUACAAAUCCUCCAACUUAUAAAUUAUACACUCAUAAACGUUUGGAUAUUGGUUUCAAUGAUAAACAAGUUGUUGAUGUUAAUUUGACUUCUGAUGGAAGAAUCGAAAUUCGUCCAGGAAUUGAGAUCACUUAUAGUUAUGAAGUUGUUUGGCAAAAAUCGGAAGUCGAUUUCGAGAAGAGAUUCGACAAGUAUUUGGAUCCAAAUUUCUUCCAACACAGAAUUCAUUGGUUCUCAAUUUUCAACAGUUUUAUGAUGGUUGUAUUUUUGGUUGGAUUAGUUUGGAUGAUUCUUGUCAGAACAUUGAGAAAAGAUUAUGCCAGAUAUCAAAAAGAUGACAGCUUGGAUGAUUUGGUAAAUGUUUUUGAAUUUUUAUUAAGAAAUUAGAUGCAACUCAAACCACGUUAAAAAAUAAACGUGAUUUUUUAUUCAUUUUGUAAAAAAAAUGAUUUUACAGGGUGUUUCAUAAAUAGUGUUACAAGAGUUGUUCAUCUUUAGGUCAGUUUUGUGAAUGUUGGGAAAUUCCAAUCGUUUUGGUCGUAAGAUCAAAAAUGUAGGGUUUUUCUCCCUCUACAAGAGCUAUCUAUGUAAAUUUGACAUAAAUGUGUUUUGGACUCUGUUUAUGACGUGUAAACAAAAACGAAUUUUUCGAAAAAUCAUUUUCUGGCACGACGGUCUUUCCAAAAAUGAAAAGCCAUGAAAUCUUUAGUUUUUUUUGAGUUUUAUGGCUUAAUAUGAUAUUUUCUAAUGUAAACAAUGUUUCUAGUAAAAAUUUCACACAACUCCAGAUAUUUAUUAUUUUUUUCUUGAACUUAGAAGAAGAUCUUCAAUUUCGACUGAAACUUCGGAUUUUCCCGAUUUUUCGACAAAAAUAUCGUUAAAAUCGAGUUUAAAUUUUGAUGUAAUCGGUCAAAUCAGUUAUUUAUAGAAGAAAAAACAAUUGUGGUACAGAAAUAAUAAAUAUUGAGUGGAAAAAAUCAUAUUUUUCCACAAAAGCUAAAAAACUCAAUUUUAUUUUUUGAAAAUUUCGAAAAGUAGGUUCACUUUAACCUCCCAGAUACGAGUCUACAGUAAUGCUGUUAUUUUGUCCGUUUUAAACUAACGAAAUAAACCCGUCAAAAUGGGUUUUCGAAAGUUACUUUCGGCAAAAGACCAAUUCCAAAAAUAAAGGAUCUCAUUGAACGAAAAAAAUCGUGCGUGCAACAGUGACCCUCCACUGGCACACUUGAGCUGGUGGCAAUGGUGUGAAAGUUGAAAUGAGAUGUUAUUCAUUUUCAAAUCUUGUCAUACCUACGUUCGGCUAAGUUUAUGUCAAAUAAUAUUGAGUUUUGAUCUUUUGCCUUUCCCUAGGUGGGCUGUGCAAGUUGUAACACUAUUUAUGAAACACCCUGUAAUUUAUUUUCCUUGUAGGACGCAGAUCUUGGAGAUGAAUAUGGAUGGAAACAAGUUCACGGUGAUGUUUUCCGCCCACCAACUACACCAAUGUUGUUUGCCAGUUGUAUUGGAGCUGGAUAUCAUGUUUUCACUGUUGCUGUCAUCACAACUAUUUUGGCUAUUGUUGGAGAAUUCUAUACCGAGUAAGUUGGUUGAAAUUUUCCGGAAUUUGAUAAAGUUAGCAUCAUUUAUUAGGUUUCGAAUCGAGUAAUAGAGCCUUCAAAUCACGAAGAGUAUACCUAUAUGACUCGAAACGUUUUACCUUAAUUUUUCUAGUAUUAUCAUUGUUCUCAAUUUUUUAUUGUGAGAAUAUUGAAUUUUUAAAUUUGAACAUUUCGGGAAUUUCUAAAAACCCAGAUACGUUCCCAAUUGAAACAUGUGAAACUUUUCAUAUUUCGAAAAAAAUGCUCUAUUUCCAGACGAGGAUCCCUUCUCUCUGCUGCCAUUUUCGUAUAUGCCGCUUGUUCUCCAGUCAAUGGAUAUGCUGGUGGAUCAAUGUAUGCAAGAUUCGGUGGAAGAAAUUGGAUCAAACAAAUGAUGUUGGGAUCUUUCUUGUUGCCAAGUUUGGUUUGCGGAGUCGCCUUUUUGAUAAAUUUUAUUGCUAUUUAUUAUCAUGCAUCAAGAGCCAUCCCAUUCCCAAUUAUGGUAAUUUUUCUUUUUUCUUGAUUUGAAAGUAUCAAAAUGUUUUUCUCGCCGUUUUAGCUCGCUGUUUCCGCCAUCUGUAUUUUUGUUAUCCUCCCUUUGACUCUUGUUGGAACUGUUGUUGGAAGAAAUAUGGCUGGAACUGCUGAUUAUCCAUGCAGGUACAAUUUUCAAGAGUUUUGAAAAUUUAGAGAAAAAUGUCUUUUCAGAGUAAACGCUGUUCCUCGACCAAUUCCUGACAAAAAAUGGUUUGUUCAACCAUGGUUGAUUACAUUGGCUGGUGGAAUUCUUCCAUUUGGAUCGAUUUUCAUUGAAAUGUAAGCAUACAUAAAAUGGGUCCCCAGAAUCGGGGUGAGGGGCUUAACUUUUUUCAAAAAUCUGAAGGGAAGGGUGCCUAACUUGGUCAAUUUUCUGCUGAUAAUUUACCGAAAUUCCCUGAUUUGUCCGAAAUUCGCUCAAAAAUGUGAGGAAGGUGUUUAACUUUGGAAAAAUUUUCAAGGAGGUACCCUAACUUUGAAAACUGACUCGGGGGACCUAUUUUAUGUAUGAAUGUAAGAUGUUCAUAAGAAAAGAUGAGCUUUUGUACUAAAAAUUAAAGAGAAGAUGCACUAAAAUUUUCGAAAAAAAAAUUAAUUUUUGAUAAAAAAUCUGAUAUUAUUGGUCACUGUUCCGAAAAUACAUAUUUCAGAUUUCUUUGAAAUUCAGAUUCCGAUUUUCGCUUGAAUUAUAACUGUUUUCAGCAAAAAUUUAUUCAGCCAGUUUUGAAAAAGUCAAACCUCCUAAAUUAAAAAAAAUAAUUAAAAACACCAAUCAAUUGUUCAUUGUCAGGUAUUUCAUCUUCACUUCAUUCUGGGCCUACAAAAUCUACUAUGUUUAUGGAUUCAUGCUUUUGGUCACAAUCAUUUUGUCAAUUGUUACUGUUUGUGUCACAAUUGUUUGCUCAUAUUUCUUGUUGAAUGCUGAAGAUUAUAGAUGGUGAGUUCAUUCAAAAAUAAAGAUCAAAUCAGUUUUUAAAUUUUUUUCAGGAGAUGGACCAGUUUCGCAUGCGGAGCAUCUACUGCAUUUUAUGUUUAUUUGUACUCGGUUUAUUAUUUCUUCUUCAAAACAAAGUGAGUCCUUUUUUUCGUUGAAAAUUAUUUAAAAACAGAAAAAUACAUUUUUUGAAAAAAAAAACUAUCAGAAUUUCUCUAAUUACCUUUGAAAAUUAUUAUUCAAGUCUAAAUUCUGAAACAAAAAUCGUUGAAAGAAUCCAUUUUUCAAUUUUGAUACUUCAACUCAGAUUUUGAUCAAAAUUUAUGAAAAAAUCUGAUUGGUACGCUGAAAUCAAACGAUUUUCAAAAAUGUUCGAUCUUGCUUUUGAUUAAAAUUUCAAAAAUCUGUUUGGAAACAUUCCCUCAAAUUUUACGUUUCAAGAUAAAAUGAAAUUUAUUUGAUUUCUGAUAUUUUCAAAUUUGACUUGAGAUAAAAACAACUAUCUUUAUUUUCUAAACAUCUUUCUCUGGCUUGUUGAAAAAAUGAUAAUUAAAAACUUUCGAAAAAUUCUUCGAAGAUUGAUGUCAAAUUUUGACUCAAAAAUUAUAAUUUUUCGAGAAAAAAAAUACGUUUCAAAACUUUGAAUUUCCAUCAAAUUUUUUUUCAAUUCAGCAGCAAAACCAAAAUUGGAAAAUUCUUAACAUCUGUAUGAAAAUUCUGAAUCGAUUACCCAACUCAUGAGAUAUGCAUAAAACUUUAAAUACUAUUUUAUAAUCUUCAAUUCUUAGCUUCUCACUCACUCUCUGAAUGAUUUUCAUUUUUUUUUGCAGAAUGUAUGGCCUUUUCCAAACUGCAUUCUAUUUCGGAUACAUGGGUAUCUUCGCAGCUGCAUUGGGUCUUAUGACUGGAACUAUCGGAUAUGUCGGGACCGCCAAAUUUGUUCGAACAAUCUACCAAACCGUCAAAAUCGAUUAG